AAUGUGACAUUUCCAAAACGAAAACAUUUGCCUUAUUUACAUUGUUUACAUUGAAAGAGUCGAAAGACGACAUUUUCUAAACCAUUUCAUCAUAAUUAAUAUCGAUAUCAUAUCGAUUCGUUUUUAAUCUAUUAGCGCAAUCGGCACAGGUGCCAAACCGUGAUGUCUAUCUCCAAUCACAACACAUUGUUACAGAAUAUCGAAAAGCGAUACCUAAAUCCGGAUGGAGCCGAUGUAUGGUUCAUUUUUGAUGGUGAACGAAUUCCAGGCCACCGAAUCAUCCUAGCAUCGAGCCCAUGGCUAGAGAAUAUGUUUUUUGGAUCGCUAACCGAAAGCGGUGAAGUGAAUAUGAACAAUUCAAAUGUGUCAUCCAGAUCGUUUAAGGAAUUUCUACGAUAUGUCUACACGGGCAAAGCGAAUCUAACCAUGGAUAAUAUUAGAGAGAUGAUGUAUUUGGCCGAUGAAUCAUUAGAUCAGGAAAUUUUCGAUGAAUGUGAAAAUUUUUUGAUAAAAGAAAUAACCGUUGACAACAUAUUUUCUGUAUAUCAAUUGGCUUUGCGGCAUGAGAGAGCCGGUCGCUUGAAAACCGUUUGCGAAGAAGAAAUCUGCGUGAAUGCUGAAACCACAUUCAAAUCGGCCAGUUUCGAGCAAAUUCAAUAUGAUUUCCUAGAAAAUAUUCUGAAAUGUGAUUCCUUGGUGUGCGAAGAAAAGGAUAUUUUUGAUGCAUGCAUCGGAUGGGCGAAAGCUGCUUGCAGACGGAACGGAAUUGAUCAACACAAUCCGUUGAAUGUACGAGCUCAAGUUGGUGAAUCACUUUAUCAAAUUCGGUUUGGUUCAAUGACGAUCGGCAAUGCGGCCACUUGCAUCACAUCAUGCCCGGGACUAUUUUCUGCAGAUGAACUACAAGAAAUAAUGUGCUUGGUUGGUCACAAAAAUUAUUCCGGAGUAACGCGUUUCAAUUGGACACCACGGUAUUUCAGCUUGAAGCGUGAUGCAAGUCAUGAGUUGAUGUGUAACCGUUAUUCCGGCUUUAGAUCUAAUCAUGAUUAUUAUUAUUAUUCAUUUCAUAAAACCGAAUUCCACAAAUUUACUUGUAACCGGCGCGUCUUGCUGAAGGGAUUCACUUGCGAAUGCGAUCAGCGCGUAAGGAAGACAGCUUCUUACACCAUCGUUGAAAUGAAUUCCGUAGAAGAUUCCAAUAUUCGUUGCAAUGAACGAAAGCCUUUAGAGUUUUUUGAUGAAGUCAAACGUAGUAAAUUUUCAUACUCAAGUCGACAAGGUCAAUGUAUUGAUAUUAUCCAUCACAAAUCAUACAAAGCAAGUGUUAAACUGAAUAAUGCGAUUUUGAUCAGACCUGGCUACACUUACACGAUGAAUAUUGAAUUCGAAAAGGAACCACAGAAUCUACGACGCAGAUGCUUCUUCAAAAAUAAAGUUCGGGUUGAUCAUGACAUUGUGUUUCAGUUUUACGAAUCAAAAGGAAUUGUUUCCUCAAUCAUGUUAAGUCGCUUAGACAAUCGAAAAUACUUUCGCAAGAUCGUUCAUAAUCCCAUGAUGUGGUUUAAAUUGAUUUUGGUGCUUUUAGUGAUAGCUUACCUAAUACAAUAUGAUAUCAGUCAACCGAAUUCAAAACUUGUCCAUUUGUGGCAUUUCAUAAAAAGCCUUUUCAAAAAAUCGUAAACGUAGUGUGUGAAAACACACUGAAAAUGACGUGCAUUUAAUGCAGUUAAAUCAAUUGUUUAUGCCUUUUUACUGAAUUAUCAUUAUAAUUCAUUAAAUAUAUGUAUUGAAAUAAGAGAGAGAGAGAGAGAGAGAGAGAGUGAUUCUCUUUGAAUAUUUUGAUAAACUACUCCUUGAAAGUCUUUACAAUAGGUGUUGAAAUAAUAUUGACCAUAAUUUUACUGGGCUUUCCAAAUAUACAUUUUUCGUACAACUUAUACGUUAUAAAAUGAUAUAAAGCAAAUUGAUACGCGAUUCUAUCUUCUAACCAUUUGUUGACAUUUAUUUCUUCGUCUUUUGAAUUGAUAUGUUCAAAUAAAAAGACAUUUACUACGAAAUAUUUUCAUUAUGAAGCUCUUCGACAAAUUAAAAUAUCGAAAAUGAGAUUUGAUACAAAUGAACCUCUUCAUUUUUCGAUAUUUCAUUCACACCAUCUUGAGUCGAAGCGACAGAGUUUGUUUUAAUAAUUUUCUUUUUAACUUUACAUUUUUUCUAUGAAGUUUUGAAUAAAAUCUUUUUUUUAGUUUAAAAUAAAUUGAAAAGUAUUAUUUUAUGAUUUCUGUGUUUAGGAAGAAUAUUCUCUGUGACAAGAAUUUUGAAUGAGAAAAAUUGAAAUGAACUUAAUUGAAUAUUCGAAUUCGGAUUUUGAAAGAAUUGUCGACGGAAAUAAAAAAAUACAUACUUAGUAUGACUCCUUUGAAUAAAAUUGGGUAAAAAUGAAUUUAAUCGAUUAACGCCCUCUGUUAUGUGGUUUGUUUAAUAUUUACAAGUCAAAAGUUAUCCCAGUUUAUGAAAUAAAUGCUUUCAUACACUCAUAAA